AUAGACCAACUGAGAACCUAUUAACACAACGCCACAGAAAACAAGAGACAAGGAGCCAGGAUGGACAUCAUCUCUAUGACGGAUGGCAGCAGGAGCCCUGUGUUCCUCACGGCCUCCUCCUCCCACCACCUCAAGGCCUGUAUCCUGUCCAACGGCAUGAAGAAUGGACUUGGAGACUCAGGAACCCUCCGCCUGUCUGCCCAGCCUGCACAGCCUACCGUGGCAAUCCUAGGCUCAGGUGACUUCUCCAAGUGCCUGACCACACGUCUACUGCAUUGUGGCUUCCACGUGGUGGUGGGCAGUCGCCAUCCCAAACUGGCAGCCCAGUCUUUUCCCCAUGUGGUGGACGUGACACACCAUGAAGACGCUGUGGGGAAGGCGAGCACUGUGUUCCUGGCAAUCCGCCGUGAGCACUACUCCAUCCUGUGGGACUUAAAGCAUUUACUCGAAGGCAAGAUUCUUGUGGAUGUGAGUAACAACAGGAGGAUGAAUCAGUAUCCAGAGUCCAAUGCUGAGUAUCUGGCUUCAUUGCUGCCAGGCUCCAUCGUGGUUAAAGGCUUCAAUGUCAUUUCAGCCUGGGCUAUGCAGCAGAGCUGCCCCAAAGAUGCUAGCACACAGGUGUUUAUCUGCAGUGACUCAAUGAAGGCGAGACAACAGAUAAUGGAGCUUGCCCGCCAGCUCCACUUCCAGCCGGUUGAUAUGGGCGCUCUGUCUUCCUCGCGGGACAUCGAGGCCAUGCCGAUACAGUUAUUUCCCAGCUGGAAGGGUCCCGUCCUCGCUGCUGUGGCCCUAUCUAUCUUCUUUUUUGCCUACUCUUUUGUACGAGAUAUCAUCCACCCUUAUGUGAAACACAAGCAGAGUGACUUCUAUAAGAUCCCCAUAGAGAUGGUGAACCGAACACUUCCUACUGUCGCCAUCACUCUCUUGGCCCUUGUGUACCUGGCAGGCCAGCUGGCAGCAGCCCAUCAGCUUUACUAUGGGACCAAAUACAGACAUUUCCCACACUGGCUGGAAGGCUGGCUACAAAGUCGGAAACAGCUGGGCCUCCUCAGCUUCUUCCUGGCUGCUGUCCAUGUUCUCUACAGCGUCUGUCUGCCCAUGAGGAGGUCUGAGAGGUACCUGCUGCUAAAUACUGCAUACCAGCAGGUUCAUGCUAAUCUGGAAAACUCCUGGAACGAGGAGGAGGUGUGGAGGGUUGAGAUGUACGUUUCCUUUGGGAUCAUGAGUCUUGGGCUCCUGUCACUUCUGGCUAUCACCUCCAUUCCCUCUGUCCACAGUAUGCUCAACUGGAGGGAGUUUAGCUUCAUCCAGUCCACUCUUGGCUACAUCGCCCUGCUCAUAGCGAUCUUCCAUGGCCUGCUGUUUGGCUGGAAACGAGCAUUUGAAGAGGAGGCCUACCGUUUCUACCUGCCCCCCUGCUUUGUGGUGGCCCUGGCCCUGCCUGUGUUUGUCAUUCUGGGGAAGGUUCUGAUGCUGCUUCCUUGUGUGGCCCGCAAGCUCCACCAGAUCCGCAAAGGCCUGGACAGCAGUCGUUAUCAUUGCAAGCGCCUGGAGCCUGUGGGCUCAGCUGUGCAGAUUUCACCUGAAAGAGUGACCAUCAUGUGAUAUGUGUCGCACCGAGCCGUCUGCCCAGAUACUGCUAACUUCAUAUACUGCCACAGUUAGCAGCUACACUGGAGUGAACAUCAUGUAUUCAUGCAGUGCUCAUAGAGAGGGCGUGUUAGUCUUUGAUACCGUGAGCAGUCUUUUGGUGACUUGUGAGUUGUGCACUUGUUAGCUGUCCAGUUUUGUCAUAGUUGGUACAUCUUAGAAUAAAUCUGAAUAUUCUUUCCUUGACAGUGUCUUUCCACGCUCUUGGUAUAUUGCUGUCAUGUUUUUAAUAUUCUGUUAAUUGUCUUGUUCUGGCAGAUACUUUCAAACACUGUCAGACUUUAUUUCAAAAGAGGAGCUCAUUUGACUCUUUCAGUCUGCCAAUAACAAACGUUAAAUAACUCCUUUGGCUCUUGAGGAGAGUUUUUAAUGUUCAGUAUCAUUUCAGACACACACUUUCUCAGUCCAUCACUUGUGGGUCCCCCAACAUCAUGGAACCACAGUACUCUAUCAAUCAAUCAAUCUUUAUUUGUAUAGCGCCAAAUCACAACAAACGUUAUCUCAAGCAUCAUACAAACAGAGCAGGGCUAGACCACUCUGUGUUAAAUUAUGAACAGAGACCCAACAUCAAGACAGGAUAAGACUCAGUCUGACCCCACCUUAAUCCACCAUGAGCAUUGCACCUCACAGUAUUUAGCUAGUUACAGCAGAGAGGACAAACUUCCUUUAACAGGCAGAAACCUCGAGCAGAACCAGACUCAUGUUAGACAGACAUCUGCCUCGACCGAGUUGGGUCUGGAAAGAGGGAUAGAGGAGAAUAAGAGAGAGAGGGAGCGGUGAUAGUGGUGAGAUGAGUAGUAGUAGCUGUUGCCGCUGGCGUCCAGCACGUCCGUAUCAGCUGGAGUCUGGAACGUCCACAGCAGGAGGACGUCUACGGCAGCUCAGAGGAACCUACGAGACAAGGGAGCACAAGGACUCCAGAAAGGUCUAUGGUUAGUAACUUUAAUGGGACAGGGAGAGUUAAAGGAAGUAAUGGGGGGUUGGGGGGAAGGGGGUGAGAUAGGAUGCCAGUGUGUCAGUGUGUCAGUUCCCCCGGCAGUCUAAGCCUAUAGCAGCAUAACUAAGAGCUGGUCCAAGCCUGAUCCAGAUCUAACUAUAAGCUUUAUCAAAAAGGAAAGUUUGAAGCCUACUCUUAAAAGUAGAGAGGGUGUCUGCCUCCCAGACCCUGACUGGUAGAUGAUUCCAAAGGAGAGGGGCCUGAUUUUCAUGCAGCUGAUCCCAAACUCAAAGUUCUGUCAUUGUUUUAUCUUGUAAAGUCAGCUCUGUCAUUGCCCCACAACAUUUCGUCUGGAAUAAAAAAGUGUGUGUGUGUGUGUGUGUGUGUGUUUGUGUGUGUGUUUGUGUGUGUGUGUGUGUGUGUGUGUGUGUUCAAAACAUGCUGACUGUUGGGCUUCCCACCAGUAAUUUGUCCAGUCAGAGAAAUGUUCUGAGGUGUUUUCUUACAAAAGGGGAAUAACUGGAAAAAACAACUUAAAAAAUGUUUCUGUGUUUUCAAUUUGGACUUUUUCCGUGAAUUCUGAGAUUAAAGUCAGAACUCUCACUUUUAUCUCUGAAGUUUAAGUGUUUUCUCUUGCCGUAGUGGCCGUAGUUUCUUGAUAAUCUGAGCUCUACAGGACCGUUUUUCAUACACAAAUUGUCCCAAAUUGAUAUCCUACCAUCCUUCAUUUUUAAAUCUAGGCAGUGAUCCUUAACAGUAAAAAAAAAAAAGCUGUGGUGUUCUGAAUCUGUUGAUCCCCUCAUACACACACGCACACACACCACUUAACCUGAUCCUAUUCAUCAUAAAGCAUGUUUACUGUUCCCGUCAUGCCGCUCUCACACAAAGUGUCAAAGUGGGCUGAAUCUGUUCUGUUCGGCCUGCUGUGACUACUUCUAACUCUUUAAUCAUUUUAUGAUGAUUCUUUCUAUGUUCAGCUGUUAAUGCAUCUCUUUGAAUUCCCUCCAUGAACCUACAGAACUUCUUUCACUUGCCUUACUGAUCAUGUAACUGAAGAGGAAAUGAUGCCAUAUGGGAUGUUUACUGUCACUGGUCAUUUAUUGAAGCAUUUCAAAGUCUCUGUGGCUUCUUUCAGACGUGUGUAAAAAACAAUGGCUGCUGGUUGUCUGUAAAAACACUCCUGUAAUACUCAGUUCAAACCUUGAAUGUUGCCCGCUCAUUUUCCAGGUUAUAGUUUUUCAUCUCCCAACCAGUCCAGCUUUAGCAUUGCUGCAAUGAUGACCUUCCAAGAGGCAAUGAGUGCUGUUAAUGAGUCCACAGAGGAAUAUUUUUUUAGAUGUGCUUUGCUUAGAGUAUCUCCUCCCUGCACCCAUACUGUGUACUGUUAAACUAACUGUCUAAUGUGCUGCAUGUUUCUCAGAUCAGCGAGUGACACUAACUCUGACGUCAAAUAAAACAAUGUUCUGCUUGGAUCUUUGAAACAACAGUGACAUCUGCUGCUGACCUCAUCCAUCAAUAAAUGCUUUUUGUGGCUUGA